AUGGGAGAAGGGGAAGAACAUGCAUUUGAUAGACCAGAAGAACGGGAAACUGAAGAUGGCAGUCCAGGUGAACGGGAAAUCGACGAUUGCACUCCAGGUAAAUCACACGUAGUGCCAUCGUCGAAAGGUGAUGAUAUGAUUGAGGAGCCAAAGUCGGGCAUGGAGUUCAAUUCGUUUGAAGAUUUGUUUAGCUAUUAUAAGCAGUAUGCUAAGAAAUACGGGUUUGGGGUGAUGACACAAAGGAGUGAGAGGUCAGAGGAUCAAAGUGUUAGAUAUGUUACUCUUGGUUGUGCACGGGGAGGGAAGGCAUGGAUUAAGACAUCCAAUGUUGCCAACCCACGUCCGACGGGAAAGACAGACUGCAAGGCAAGGAUAAAUGCGUUGAGAGUCGAUGGAAAGAUGCGGUUGACAACAGUCAAUAAUUCACAUAAUCAUGUUAUCAGCCCACAGAAAUCUCGCUUCUAUCGAUGUAACAGAGAAGUGAGUGAGACAGUUAAAAGAGUCCUUGACACCAACGAUUUAGCUGGUAUCCGACUGAACAAGAGUUACGGAUCUCUUGUAGUUGGCGCAGGUGGCUUUGAGAACUUGUCAUUUCUGGAAAAGGAUUGUCGCAAUUACAUUGACAAAAUCCGUCAUCUACGACUUGGUGCAGGUGGUGCUGGAGCACUUCGUGAUUAUUUCUUAAGGAUGCAGUACAAGAAUAACGGAUUUUUUGCAUUGAUGGAUUUAGACGAUGACGGGAGUGAGGACACGGAGACCUUUACGUGGCUAUUCCAAACCUGGUUGCAAUGUAUGGACGGAGUAGCUCCAAAGGCGAUUAUUACUGAUCAAGACAGAAUAAUGAAAAAUGCAAUUGCUAUUGUCUUCCCGGAAACUCGACAUAGAUUUUGCCUAUGGCAUAUAUUGAAGAAGGCACCUGAGAAGCUUGGGGCAUAUGCUGCAUAUAAAAGUGGGUUGAAAACUGAGUUGAUGAAAUGUGUAUACGACACACAAACUAUUGAGGAGUUUGAAAAAUGUUGGUUCGUGUUUAUUAAUACAUACGACUUACAUGAGAAUGUGUGGUUGAAAAGUUUAUAUUUGGAGCGUGCACAUUGGGUACCGGUUUUUCUGAAAGAGCACUUUUGGGCGGGAAUGAGUGCCACUCAGCGUAGCGAGAGUAUGAAUGCUUUCUUUGAUGGUUAUGUCCAUUCAAAGACAAACCUGAAAGAGUUUUUCGACCAGUUCGACAAUGAGCUAAAAAGGAAAAUUGAGAAUGAAAAUCAAGCAGAGUUUCUUUCCUUUAGUGGCACCAUUCCCUGCGUAUCUAGAUCGCCAAUUGAAAAGAAAUUUCAGGUGUUGUACACGAACGCAAAAUUUAAGGAAGUUCAACAACAAGUAAUCGGUGUGCUUGAUUUGGAUCUAUCUUUACAGACAAUGGAUGGUGUAAUGAAGAGUUAUUUGGUAGAAGAUGAAGUUCGUAUUCAGGAGUUCACAAAACAGGUUACAUAUUUUGUGGAUUUUAAUGUCGAUGACUGCAAUGCAAAGUGUUCAUGUGGUUUAUUUCAGAUGAGGGGGAUACUGUGUAGGCAUAUUUUGGCUGUAUUCAAAUCAAACGGUAUAAAAUCAUUGCCAGAUCGGUACAUUUUAGACCGAUGGCGGAAGGACAUCAAGAGAAGAUACACGUUAAUCCGAUCUAGCUACGAUGCAGGGGAUGAGAGGCCAAAUGGUAAUAGACAAUCAAUUCUUCUGAAUAUGUGUUAUGAGAUGAUAGAUUAUGCGGUGGAAUCUGAUAAGGACUUUGAAGAUGCCAAGAAGAGGAUACAUGAGAUGAUUGGAUUAUAUCGUCAGAACCAACGACCCUUAUCUAGCGGCCAAACAGUUUCGGAACCUGGGGUUACAAUACUAGAUGGGGCUGUAGUUGGUAGCUCACAACAAGUCAAGAGUCCACUUGUUGUCAGAGGAAAAGGAAGACAUCCAUCUCUUAGAAGAGCAUCCAGGAUGGAGACAGAAAUGCGGAAGGUUAAAGCCAAACAGAAGAAAGCACAAGUGGGAGGAAAACGCAAACAGGUCAUGGACAGUAGUGGGACCACGCAAAGUGUUCAGCCUAUGUUUUUUGGUAGUGAAGAAAAUGUUCAUCCUAUGGUUGAGGAGAACCAACCAGAAACUGGUUCUCUAGAUCUAGGGUUCCAAUCGCAGAGGAGAACCAGAAACUGGUUCUCUCGAUCUAGGGUUCCAAUCGCAGAGGAGAACCAACCAGAAACUGGUUCUCUAGAUCUAGGGUUCCAAUCGCAGAGAGGAAGAGAGGGUCUCGACCAGAAACUAGUUCGAGAGGAUUUGGGGUUCCAAUCGCAGAGAGGGAGAGAGGGUCUCGUGAUGAAACUGGUUCGAGAGGAUUUGGGGUUCCAAUCGAAGAGAGGGAGAGAGGGUCUCGACCAGAAACUGGUUCGAGAGGAUUUGGGGUUCUAA